UAGGUGGAGCCUAAGAGAAAGCGAAAGUGUAAGAGGAAACGUUGUGGAAAAGUCCCUCAGCUCAUCUCAGUGCACUCACGUCCAAAUCCGACUUCAACUGCUCCAAAAUGUCCAAAUUCAAGAUCAAUCGUGACAAUGAGCUCAAGGUUCAAAACUAUCGCCAUUCACUGUACCAGAAGGCAGAAGAUCUUUUUUCCAAUCACAUCCCAAGGAAGAUUUCUCAGCUGGACAAUCUGAUUCAGGAGGAGGAACUGUGCGUCUCGGACUUCUCUUCCCUCCACGCUCCACUCGAUAUUCCCAUUCCCGAUCCUCCAAACCCAGACGAGGAGGAAAUGGAGACGGACAAAAACGACGAGGAGGAGAAGAAGAAGAAGCGGCCUGUGUGCGGCUUUAUCAAAGGAAACGAGAAGAUCAUGAAGCUGCUGGAUGUGGUGAAGCCGGAGAUCACGGGACUUAAAGAGACAUGCAUCACUGUUUCCUGCUGGAUUUCGCUGCUGAUUCCUAAGAUCGAGGACGGAAACGACUUUGGAGUGGCGAUCCAGGAGAAGAUCCUCGAGCGGAUUGCAGCUGUGAAAACCAAACUGGAAGGAUUUCAGACCAACAUUAACAAAUAUUUUUCAGAGCGAGGCGACGCUGUAGCCAAAGCCUCCAAAGAAACUCAUGUGAUGGACUACCGUUCGCUCGUCCACGAGAAAGACGAAGCAGCGUACUGCGAGAUCCGGGUCAUCCUCCUGGACAUCCGCGGAUAUUAUGCGGAGCUCUACGACAUCAUCAGCAAGAACCUGGAGAAGGUGGUGAACCCGAAAGGAGAAGAGAAACCCUCCAUGUACUGAGAGCGGGACGGCGGCCUUGUCCUCACACGCCUGACCUCACGUCUGCUGAAAGAAACCGUCGCCGUUGGAUACUUCUGAGCAACUACAACUACACAUGUAACCACACACAAAUCUGAAAUAAAACCCUCAGGUUUAAUAUGAAA